AUGAUAAUUAGUAAAACACUUAAUAAAGCACAAGAAGAAACAAUCAAAAGUAUUUCUAUUGAAGGAGAAACAGAAAUAUCAACACGACUUGAUCCAGAUGAAAUAAAAGAAGAAAAGAAAAUAGGAGAAGGACCAUUUGGAGUUGUUUAUGUUGGAGAAUUUAGAAGAAAUAAAGUAGCAAUUAAGAAAAUGAAACAAGUUGAAGAAAGUGAAGAUAAAAAGAAAGAAUUUGAGAAAGAAGUAGCAAUAUUAGAUAAAUUUCGAGAUGAAUAUAUCAUUCAAUUUUAUGGAACAGUAUUUAUUCCUAAUAAAAUAUGUAUGAUAACAGAUUUUGUAGAAUAUGGAUCAAUACAAGAUAUAAUGAAUAAAAGAAACAUCACAGAAAUAUCAAAGAAAAUAAGAAUCAAAUUUAUGAUAGAUGGAGCAAAAGGAAUUUCAUAUCUUCAUUCAAAUGGAAUAUUACAUCGAGAUAUUAAACCCGAUAAUUUCCUUGUUGUAUCACUUGAUGAUAACAUUGAAGUUAAUUGUAAAUUAACGGAUUUUGGAAGUGCAAGAAACAUCAAUAUGAUGAUGACAAAUAUGACAUUCACAAAAGGUGUAGGAACACCAAAAUACAUGGCACCAGAAGUAUUAAAUCAUCAACAUUACAAAAUGCAAUCAGAUAUAUCUAUAUUCAUUUUCAAUAAUAAUAUUACAAUUCAUUACUUAUUUCUUCUUUCAUUAUAA